AUGGUCGAUCAAAUGGACACGCUGGACCACCGGCGGAUGGACACUCUGGAUGGACGCCAGCGAAAGAAUUCCGGCGACGAAGAGCCUCCACCGCCGCCUCCCAACCAUAAUUCCUACUAUUUUAAUAGUGCCGCCGCCCUGGAGGACAGCGAGGAACGACGUCGGAUCAAGACCCAAGACGUCGCCAAGAAUCAAAAGCUUUUGCCUCGUGACAACGAGGCUAAUUCCUCGUGCGUUUUUCAGGCUGUUUCUGACUUUUUCACCUUUUAGUUUGUAUUUUAUCUAGUUGAAAAGUAUUUUGAACCUUUUCCGGUUUUUGUUGAGGUUAUCUGGCUUGAGUGGCUUGACACGACAAAAACUACUGUAAGAUUGGUAGUCCCAAUUUUUUUUUUAAAACUCCUUUCUAAAUGCUCCGCUACUAUGAAGCUUGUUCUAAUUUCUAAGUUAAAUAUUAGCUCAAGGGGAUAUUAUUCCAUAGCGCUUGAACUUAUAGAUAGGAACCUUGUAUAUUUAAUUUUUUUACUCGAGAAAAUGAUUUUUGUUUUGUUUUGUAAGGGUGUUUUUUUUCAAUUUGGCUUUUUUGUGGCUUCUGACCUUUUUCUUGAGAUAUCAGUUUUACUAAAAGUUUGGAAUUUUUUUUCCAAUUUUUAUUAGUGUCUCAUCAUCUGUAUUAAGUUAGUUCAACUUCAUUGAAGAUUUUUCUGAUUUUUUUCUCUUCGCGAUAAAGUUUUUUUCUACAAUAAAGGGUUUUUUUCAAAUUUUUUUAAUUAUAUUUUUUUGAUUGAAAUUAAUCGAUUUGUUUACAGAACGGUCAUCGAAAACAAAGGAUGGGACAUUUUUUUCGGCUACUGCCUGCAAAACCCGACAAAGUCGGCCACGGUUCGUUUUUAUUUUUUUCCUUUAUUUUUUUAUUUUUUUGAUUUGUUAAGUCGAUUUUUUUGUGAAUGAUAGACUUUUUCCUAUAUUUUUUUAUAGUAUCAUUUUCGUAUUAAUACUGAUUAUAUUUAUCGAAUUUGACUUCUUUUUUUUCGAACUUUAAGUAUUUCCUAUGAGGCUACUGACAUUGGUGAUUGUACUUCAAGAUAGACUCUUAAUUUUAAAUUUUUUUUUGUAGAUUUUCCGCAUGAGUUGCUGUGUAAAUACCUUCGUGGAUCUUUCUUUUCUUUUUUCGGUUUUUUAUCACGAUUUUUCUCCAAUAUAUCGAAUUGCUCCUGUCUUUUUACAAAGUAUAACUUCACUAGAAAUGAAUCGAUUGAGAGGCUUUUGUCGUUUUGAAAUUGAAAAAUCGGAGCUCAAAAACUAAGAAGUUCUUUUUUUUUGUUCAUUUGGCUAAGUUUCAAUUUUUUUUCUUAUAGAUGACCCAAAUCUAUCCUUCGCGAUUUAAAAAAAAAUAAAAAUUAUUUUUGAAUGUCCCUGAGAGAGUAUCUUUUGAGCGAUUUCCUACUCACUUCUUCUUUACAACUUUGAGCUAUCUCAAAAAUAACCGUUCAGCAAAAUUCUGUAUGAGGCGUCUUUUUUGCGUUCCUUUUAACUUUCCUUGUGAAAGUAGUGUAAAUUUCAAGGUUCUAUUCAUCUGUUUGUUGAUUUUCCGAUCCAGAAAUGCGCUGGCCGGCGGCCAAAAACCUUUGGAAAAUCCCGGUUUUCAAAAAUGCUGCUGAGCCUUGUCAAAAAAGUGUCGAAAACGUCGCAAAGCUCUAAGUUUCGCCAUGUCCCCAAUCGUGUUUGUUUUUCGCUAAUUGCUCUCGCUGCUCACUUUUUUCUUCGCCUAAAGAGCUGCUAGGUGAGCUCUUUUGUCGUCGAUGUGGAGCACGAACAGCGUGAAAAAAAAGUCGACGACACUCUUUUUUUUCUGUUUCCUCGUACUAAUUCUACACUCAUCUUUGAGACAAUCGGAUGAGUGCAAAUAAUGUCGAUUUUCUGUCCCCUUGUUGGGUGUGGAACGGUUCGAGUGGGAAAAGAAACAGUUUCACAGAGGGUGAAGAAAAGAAAACACAAAAAAAAACUGGAAAAUGAUUAUUUUAUGAGCAAAAAAGCGAAAAUUAUUAUGGAAAAGACGUUUCAAAAAUGUCUAAAGAAGCUCUUUGUAAACUACAAUGGUGAUGAAGCCUAAAUUAGAAGCAGUUUUUUGCAAACAUUUUUUCUGAAAGACUUUCGAAAAUCCUGGAGCCCUUCUUUAACUUUUUAGGAUGGUAAAACAUGUUUUUUUUUCCUAGAUCGCAAAAUCGCUACUUUCUGAGCGUUUCUGUGACAGUUUAUGCUUGCAAAAAGAAAUUUGAGAUUUUUUUUUUAUGAAAGUAAGUGACUUAUAAGCACAAAAAUGAUCCCUUUUUAGUGAAGAGGAAAAAAAAUGAGAAAGAGGUUAGGUAAAUUAAAAAUUUGUCUCUUUCCUGUCAGCAAAAUUUCCGAACUAGUUGUUCUUCCCUAUUUUAAAUCCUUCAAUAAGUUCCUGUGUCUAAGAAAUGAAAAUUUUGAUUUUUUCGGUUGAACCUUGUUCAAAUUGUCAAUAAUUUUUUCCAGGUUUCUGGCACGAUGCCAGCCUUCAAGUGCUCAAACUCGCCACAUUUAUCGUUCUGUUCGCCCUGACGCUUUCCUCGGCGGUCGUCGCGAAAAGCGCCUUCCUCCUGAUGACGUCAGCCAUCGGCUGGGGCGACCAGACGAUGACCAUCUGCAACCAAGUCGUUUCAGGUCCGUACAUGGGUCAUUUUAGGGCAGGGGUGUAUUCUGAAGUGUUUAUUUUUAAUGGAGUGGGUAUAUUUGUGGUAUCGCUUUGUACCAAAACAGGAAUUAAUACUUGCAGAAGCGACUCAAAACACGGUGAAAAUCAAGAACCAACACGUCGUCAAGUGGGUCUGGGCGACGUUACUCGCCUUAUGUGCUCCAGAAGCCCUAUGCUUCGUCAGAUCACUCCACAGAACCAUGUUCAAAAACGUCAAAAGACCGACUUUCAUGCAGUUUAUGGUGGUGAGUAACGGUUUGACUUCUCUCUUCUCUAGUGGUGAGGGAAAAGAGGGUCCAGACAGGUCAGAGGGAUUCGAGUUAGGAUUUAUAGUGUGUGCUUGCGAUAUCCUAUAUUUCUAAUUACGCGCUAUCUUAAUGUUUCUGGGACAUAGCAGGUAAGGUAAAUGAGGGUCCAGAUAGGUCAGAAUUUUUAGAAAACAAUUUCAACAAAAAAUGAUUAUGUUGCUUCAGGUUCUUCUGAUCGAAUCUCUGCACUCGAUCGGCGUUGGAAUCCUGGUUUUUCGGAUUUUUCCCGACCUUGAUGCGGUCACAGGUUCAUCUGUGAGACAAGUUUUAGAAAAAUAUAAAUUUUUCAGCUGCCCAAUUGACGAAUGCAAUGUGUUUCGUUCCGUCGGUGCUGUCACUGAUCAGCCGCCGACCAAACAAGGUUAUUUUUUUUAAAGGCGCAGGGCGUGGUUUGAAAAAAAGAAUUUUGAGAGGAAAACUUAUUAUUUUGAUCUGUACCUGUUUUCUUUCUUCUUUUGUUCUUUUAACAUUUGUAAUAGAUCGUAUGAGCUUUGGAAAUUUUUCCAAGAAACAAAUUGUUUCUUCAAUUAGAAAAGGAAAAACUCAUCGAAUUUCACUUUUCUUCCAUCUUCCUUAUCAAAAAGUCCGCCUCUCUUCCAGAUUGCCCUCAUUUUGGUCAUCAUCGAUAUGGCGGCCAUCGCAGCUCAGAGCAGUGGAUUUUGGGCCUACCCGGUAGGAAAUUCCAAAAUCUCAAGGCUUCUCUACAGUAACCAUACUUAGAUGUUCAUGCCGAACCUACAAAAGCACUCGGUGGCAAUUCCCGUCUCAUUGACGCUCGUCUCACUGGCCUGGUGGCAGAAUUUCGUCCACCUGGACUCGGUUUUCCCACCUGUCCGGAGUUUGGCCAGGUCCUACCUGUCAUUUUUCGGAUUUUGAAUGUGAAGGUUCAGAUUUGCCUCACGGCUUUCUGAGCGAAGGUCGAAGACCUACGCGUUCGUCUCACUCUGGAAAAUGUGCAUUUAUUUCGUCUGCGCAGUGCUUUUCAUAUCUCACAGGUAAUGACAAAGUUUAUCCCUUUUGGGAGAGAUUUUUGUUAGCCUCGAUCUUUAAACCCUUGCUCAGAGAUUCAAAAAACCAGCUAUAAGGCUUAAAAGGCUUAAAAAAGGAUAGUUUAUGGCUUGUAAAUGAGAUUUUUCGAAGUUCCAAUGCUUGGAUUUGAUGAGAAAAGAGCUGGUUAUGAAGAAGUGAAAUAAAAAAACUUGUAAAAAAAAUAGAAAAUUGCUGAGAGAAAAAUUGUUUACCGAGUUGUGGAAGUUGUGGAGCGCUUUUUCAACACUAAUUAAGUUUUACUGAUCGUCGAUUUUUCAAAGUACAAUCUGAAGCUCCAAAAUUUGAAUAAUCUAGUUUCAAAGUCAGAGAAAUGGAUAUGAAAUACUUUUCAGAAUGAAAAUGGAAGAUCUGUUGCAAAAAGAUCCGUUUGGCGAGAAGCUGUUGGCCGUCGUUGGCCACAACAUGAACCAGACCCAAAUCGACAAGUUCCAAACGAGAAUCAACGCCAUGAUUGAGAUGGCCAAUCGAGGUUCAACCGAGAAAAAAAAAAUGAUUUCAAAAAAAGUUUUCUAGAAGCCGGGUACUACCAGCCGCCGCCGAAGAAGCCUCCAAAGAAACAAAAUCCAGACGAUGUUAGCAGUUUUUUUAAGGAAAACUUUGCGGAAUACCUUGGUCGCAUUUGGAACUACUGAAGGCAUUAAAAGUUCUGCAAACUUAGAGAGAGCCCGACCCAGAACGACUUGCGCUCAUUCUAUAUGUGGCCUCGGUUUUUCAGUAGCCAUUUACUUUCUGUGUAUUUUCUCAGGCGAUGAAUAAGGAAGAGCUAAGCAGCCACUCAAGUGAUUAGGGCUCGAAAAUCUUUUUUCACUCAUGGUCCAUCCCAUAAAAACAUGAAAAUUAACGAGAGGGCGUAAAAAAACUUAAAAAACAGCUGUGAACUUUAGCUAAAAAGGUCAUUUUUCUUUGUGGCUGGGUUUCCCUGGAAAUGACCAGGACACUCCUGGAUGUACCAGAUGAACAUGAUGAAAUUCUAAACUUGAACAAAUUUCUAGUUUUUGAAAUAUGAGGACUCAAAGUGCUAAAAUGGUUUAUUUCAACGGAAUUCGAUUGUUUUCGUUGACUUUGAGCCCUCAUUUCUGAAAAAUUAAAAAGUUGUGCAGGUCAGGAUUUUCAGGCGCCCCAUCUGGUAAGCUAAGAAGUGUCAUGCAUAAUUUUCAGGGGAUUCCCAACCGCAAUGUAAAAUGACCUCCAUUUUAAGUGCGUCAUAAUUCAUAAUUCACGUAUUUUCAUCCAUUUUUUAAUUACACGAUCAAACUAUAUACAAGUUAUUUGCAGGCCGAAGUGGUCGACACCGGCGAGUACAAGCGUUUGAAGCGAGCCGUCCAUGAGGAAGUCGAAGAGGAGGAAGAAGAAUUCAUGAGUUAUAACGUGAUUGGAUUCACUGAAAAUCAGAUAAGUAUGUUGAAGUUUCAGAUCUACAGCAACUACGUCGAAAGAAAUCAACUGACGAUGGCUUAUGACGCUUUAUGGAUCGUCAUCGUUCAAGUCGCGGCCGUUUUUGUCUGCUAUCACAGCAGCAAAUUCGCCUGCAAGGUGUCCGAUUUAGAGAGCUUUGAGCAGUUGAAGAGAAGAAUUUCAUUAAAAUUUAUUUGGAGAUGAAUUUUUGUGUAAAAACUGACGGAAAUCGGCUUUUAAAAGAUUUUCUGUUGAGUUUUUUUUGGAAAGAAUAGAAAAAAAGGACCUUUCUGGGAAGUUUAUGGAGAAUUCAACUGAUUUUUACGCGCAUGUAGUCAGGUUAAAUUUUUUCUACGAACGUUCCGACCGCGACGCGUUGAGCCAUUCCAAAUGCAGCUCUUCAUCAAAAAUCAUUUUCGCGCUCGAAUAAAGAGAAGAACUUGAAUAUGCUUGAGUUUUCAGUUGGUAUAUUUUUCAAUCCAACUGUUUUCGGAAUUGGAAGACUUUACCAAUUUUCUUUUGUGCCUUUCCCAGUCUUAUCUCGUAGGAUUUGCUGAGGAAAAAAUCAGAAAAAUCUGGGAUUAAGGAUUAUGAAUUCGAAAAGGCUGUCCGUUAAAAAUUUCAAUAGAGAAUUUCCAUCUCAAAACGGUUUUGAAACAACAACAAAAAUUCGAUUGUUUUUGGUUAUACCCAUUCUGUUCAGGUAAUGAUGCAGCGGAUGGGUUUCGCCUUGCCGAUGGCCCUCUCUGUACCUUGUACAGUAUUCGUCCUCUCCACAACUUGUCAUUUUCGUGCCAAGAACCCGUGUCAUCUCACCAGCUUCCUCACGAUUGUAUGAUUUAUUUUGAGGAUUUUCUGGAAGUUGGCUGGGAAAAUUUUUAAAUCUUCAUUUUUUUAGAGGGCUUCAAAGUCUUCAGGGCUUUUAUGAAUCUAUUAAAAGGCAAAGUCGCAUUUGUUUUUUUCAUGAAUUUUGAACCAAAAUUUUGGAAGCACAUCUGAAAGAAGUUUCAUUGAAAUUUUAUAGAAUCACCCCUUGCUUUUCCCGUUUGAGCCAAAUUAGAUAAAAACCUAUAUAUUUCUUUUUGCAUUAGUUUUGAGAGUAUGAUCUUGACCAAAGUUCCGUUCCAGGAACUCUUCUGGCAAUGCGGCUCGGCCUACAAAUCGAUCGCCGACUUCGUCCUGACGCCUCAGACCUGGAUCUGGCUUUGUUGGCUCGCCUCUCAAUUCUGGAUCACCAUACAUCUGUGGAAUCCCAAGCACGAACGACUCGCCAAAAGCGAGAAGUAUAUAGAUUUCUUGGAAAUGCAUGGAAAUAAAAUUCUCCUUGAAAAAAUUAAUGCUUAAAAAAAUAUUCUCUUUAUUUUUAAUUUUCAAGUGCCUAUUUCUAAAUCUUGGAGCCUCAAAUCUUAGAAAAAAUGUGAAAAGCCAGGUUCUCACGAAAUUUCAAGACUUUUUCUUUUUCACGGCUUUUUUAAGAUAUGUCGGAGUCGAAACAAAGAAAAUAAGUUUACUUGAUCAUCCUUGAAAAGGCAAGAAGAAGCUUGCGUAUCCCUGAAAAGUUGCCGACUAUUAACAGUUCGAAAAAAAUUUACCACGAAAUGUCGUUCAGAAGCUUCAGCUUUAGGACCAUUUUUAAUUUAGGAAAAACAGCUUUCUUGAAAUUUCUGACGAGCUAAAAGCUGAAAGACAGCAUAGGUUAUAUAUAUAAAUUUUUUUGCAUAGAAGUAUUAUCCUUUUCCAGACUAUUCAUCCUUCCCUACUACAUCGGCGCGUUCGUCGACCAAUCCCUGGCGUUCAAUCGAAGACGUGACGACAAGGCGAAAAUCAAGGCCGAAGACCUGGAAUUUGACCAGGAGGACUCCUCGUUGACCUAUGAGACGAUUCCGGGACUUCAAGGCAAGGCCCCGCCGUCGGUUUGCUCGGCGAGCAGCAGCAAACUGGAGAAUGGACUCAUUCGGUAGGGGUUUUAGGGAAUUCAUUGAGUUAGGUCUCUUCAGAGAAUCAUUUUCGGAAUAGAUACGAUAAAGCUUUUUCAUCUUUUCAACUUUUAUUUUUUAGCCUUUUGCGAUUUUGCAGAAAAGGGACAAUUUUUAGACUUUCGGAAGCCUUGGCUUCGAAAAUUAACUAAAUGUGUAAGCCGAACUGAAGGAGGAGCAAAAUGUUCGCGAAUUAUCUUUGCGUCUUUUUAAAAAAAAAACCUUUCGAGUAGUCCCUUGAAGAAAUGUAACAGGAACCUCAAAAGGACCUACUAAAGCUUUAGGCUCUUAUUGGACCGCUCAACUCAGAAAUCUCCAUAGAGAACCCCAAUUUUUGAAUUCUUAUAGGUAUCUCAAAACAACCCCUUAUAAUGGUCUUGAAAACACAAAAACCCUUUGGGGACCACUCCAAAGUUUUCAGUUAAGAGCGGUUUUGAACUACAAUGACGUCAUUGUCGCAUCACAGUAUGAAGAAACUCUUUCAGAGACAGCGCAUCGUCGGCUGACGCCAUCACGAAGAUCUACGCGUGCGCGACGAUGUGGCACGAGACGCCCCACGAGAUGACGUGCAUGCUGAAGAGUAUCUUCCGGCUCGACGAGGACCAGUGCGCCAGGAGAAACGCACAGAAGUACCUCAAGGUGGCUCUUGGAGUCUUGAACGUUUAUCGAGAUCUUUUUUCUUGCAAUUGUUUUGAACUUUCUAAUUCAAAAAAGAAGAAAAAUUACUUUUUUAUUAUCAUUUUUUUUUUUUGCCAAAUUUGCCUUAUCCUAGUUUUUUUGAGAUCAAAAUUUUGAAGAAAAAAAGGCGCGCGGCAACUGAGGGGCCAGAAUUGAGUUCCGUCUAUGCAAAGUACAAUUUAUAUAUAUAUUUUUCCUAAACUACAAUGUAUUCUAUUCAAAGUUAAGUUGAAGCAAAAAAACACUACUGACACGUCUGUAUCUCUUUGUUUCGGAUACUUUUUUUCGCCAGAAAUCUUUAUUCGGCACUGUAAAAUGAUGAAAAAUAUAAUCUCAAUGCAAAUUUGCUUUUUCCUUUUUCGAAGCUGAGUUUUCACUAUUUUUAUUUUUUUAGAUUAAUUCUCAUCGUAUUCUCAUUAAAUGUUGUAACUAUUUGACGUUUUUUCUUUCAAAGCUCGAAAAUGGUUAAAAAGCAUUUAUUCUCAACAAAAGUUACCAUAAUUUGUAUCAGCCAUCCAUAAAGCUAUUCUGAUUAUUUUUUGUUUUUCUUUCUUAUAAUUCGUCUCUUGAAGGUGAUCGACCCGGACUACUACGAAUUUGAAGCUCACAUCUUUGUCGACGACGCUUUUGACGUUAACGAAUAUGGCGAGCCACAAAUCAACAAGUUUGUCCGGCAAAUUGUCGAGGUCAUGGAUCAGGCUGCAAGGUAUUCAUAAAAAAAAUGAAAAUGUAUUAUCAUCAUCUAUUUCAGUGCUGUCCACCAAACGCACAUGAGGCUGAAGCCGCCGAAGAAGGCCAAAACGCCGUAUGGAGGAAAACUUUGCUACAUCAUGCCCGGAAAGAACAAAUUGACGAUUCAUUUGAAGGACAAGAACAAGAUCCGGAACAGGAAACGGUGGAGUCAGGUGAGACAGGACAGAGAGAACAGUGGCGGCUUGCAGAGACGCUAGAGAAGCUAAAGUGUCUUAGUUGUCUGAAGUCUCUUCAGGCUGUCGUUGAUCUGGGAAAGCGAACGAGAAGGCAAAGUGAGAGAAUAGGGCUAUUGAAGAGAAAGCGGAGACGUUAGAUUUUCCUGAUUGUCUGGCGUCUCUUCAGGCCGUCGUUGAUCUCCCGAAAAAAAAAGAGAAAGACGAUUGCUAAUUAGAAAAUAUGAGAGAAGUUAGACUUUUUGGGUUGCCUGGAGUUAAAUAAUUUGGAACGAUCAUAAAUCACUAUGUUUCCGAAAUUUGUGGAAUUUUUUUUGAAUCGAUAUCAUUCCAGGUGAUGUACCUGUACUACCUGCUCGGCUACAGACUAAUGAUGAAGGUCGAUGAUCCGGCAAGAAAGGUAGCUUUUAUAGAAAAAGAAGAAAAAUAAUGGUUUUUUCAGGAAGUUAUAUCGGAGAACACUUUCAUCUUGACGCUCGAUGGCGACGUCGACUUCACGCCGUCUUGUGUUCAUCUACUGGUCGACUUGAUGAAGAAGAAUCGGAGACUCGGCGCUGCUUGUGGACGGAUUCAUCCCCGUGGCAGUGGAUUGAUGGUUUAGGCUUAUUUUUUUGAAAAUAAAAUGGAAAUAUUAUAAAAAUUGGACCGAAAAUUAGCGUUUAAGAAGCGAAUAAGUGCGAUGUAAAGAAGUGGUUUAAGUUUUUCAUUUUUUUCCAGAACCGUCGGUUUUUUUCUUGACAAUAGUUAGAAAGAAUAGUUUUUUCAAAAUUACCUGAAAAAAAUUAAGCUCCCAGACCUAUAAAUGAAACUUUAGAUAAGUUCCUGAAGUUGUAUAAAUGUCCCGUGUGAUGAAACGUAUUCCAAUGCCCAAGAUUCAUUAACUUUUAUUGAAAUCGGGUCAAUCUUUAGAAACUAAAUUUCAAAAAUUAAUGAAAAUAACUGAAAGUUUUUGUUCUUUAAAGAAAUUCGUUGAAAGAUUCGUCUUUUAGCUGUAAGAGGAUGUGAAUUGCUAAAGUUUCCGACAUACUGAAAGAAAAGUCGAUAAGUUUCGAGCCUAUUGCAAGGAAUUUUUUGCAGGUUUGGUACCAAAAGUUCGAGUACGCGAUCGGACAUUGGCUGCAAAAGGCGACGGAGCACAUGAUCGGCUGCGUGAUGUGCUCUCCGGGAUGUUUCUCUCUUUUCCGAAGCUACGCCCUGAUGGACGACAACGUGACCAGAAAGUGAUUGAUUGCUAUUUUUGCACAAAAAAAAAUCAAGUGCAUCAAAGGAAAAGUUCUUACUGACCGACUCGAUAUAGCUAGUUUACGGCUGGCUUGAGCCAUCGAAAAAAGGGUCCUGAGACGAUUAGAAAAGAGAUAUUUCCUGGCAGGUGGAGAACGCAGACAGGCCCCGCUCCUUAGCGUCUCAAGCCAUAGUUUUCAGAGCUUGAUCUCCUGGUAAUAUUGCAAGUCUAUGCCGUGUUCAUUUGUUCACUGUUUGCAAAUUGACGCUUUAUUUGUAUUAAGUGAUUACGCGAAAUACGAAAAUUAAAAUCUUGAGAGCCGUGAAAAAAUUGGGUCAUACAAUGAAAUGGCCUUUUUACGCGCUUAAUCAAAAUAAGUCGCGUAACAAUUUUAAACGAAUGUCAAAUAAUUCUUUGAACAUGGCAAAAAACCUCCAGAUUUUUUGAUCGUAUUCCCAAACUCAAAAAAAAAAGGAACUUUUAGGUACGCCUCAAAGUCCAACGAACCCCUGGACUACAUCCAAUACGAUCAGGGCGAGGAUCGAUGGCUCUGCACAUUGUUGCUCCAACGAGGAUAUCGGUGAGAAAUUAUGAAGUCAUCAAAUCAAGUCUUCUGAUUCAGCGUUGAGUACUGCGCCGCUUCGGAUGCUCUCACUUUCGCGCCGGAAGGCUUCAACGAGUUCUUCAACCAACGUCGUCGCUGGAUCCCGUCCACGAUUGCCAACAUCUACGACCUGCUCAAGGACUACAAGAAUGUAGUCAGCGUCAACGAGAGCAUCUCCAUUUGGUAGGAAGAAAAAUAUUGGCCUUCCUUAUAAUAUUUUUUUCCAAAGCUAGAAUAUUUUUUAUUCGAUUCACUUCGACUAGUCUGACCUCUCUGCGCUCUCUUUUCUCUCAACGGCGAGGUCAGACUGUUGCAAGUUCUGAUGAAUGACAUAUCUGGUCAGAUAAUAAUGAUGGAACUUCAAAAGAAGUUUUCAUAAUCAUAAAAAGUCAACCUUUCCAGGUACAUUGUCUACCAGCUGGUGAUGCUGAUCUCGUCGAUUUUGGGUCCCGGCACGAUCUUCCUCAUGGUCGUCGGAGCCAUCAGCAUCUCGUUCGGCAUCGAUACUGUCUGGAGUCUGCUCAUCGUGACGAUCCCCGUCACCUUCUUCUGCAUCGUCUGCCUCACCGCAAAACAGGAUAAACAAGUUGGAGCUGGAGCAGUCCGAGAAAAAUCAAUAACUUGCUCAGUUGGUCGUAGCGAUGGUGAUCGGAAACUUGUUUGCGAUGCUCAUGACGGCCGUCAUUGUCGGAACCUCGUUGCAGAUUCAGAAGGACGGAAUUUUAUCGCCUCACUCGAUUUUCUUGUUCGCAGUUAUUACAAGGUGAUUUUUUGAGGUGUUGAAGCAAACUUAGUACCUUUACAAGGUAGCUGAUAACUUGGAAAUGGGCCGAAAAUCAUGAUCUGAUUGGUUCUCACUGGUGACUUGAAGGGCGGUACUCUGAUCCCCUCGAUGUCAAGUCGCGGUGAACGUACUUUUCAAGGAGCCUCUAUCCGGAUUAUAAUAUAACCAAAAUUUGAAGCUAAAAGCGGUGUGAGAAAUUAUUUUCCGAAAAAAAAAGUCCGAAUCUAGUUUCCUCGGAGGCUUCCAGUUUUGAUUAGAGAAGUGCUCGUUAACACAAACCGAACCUUUUUGAGUAUUCUUAGUGAUCCCUUCAGCAGAUCUCUUAAGUGUGCAUCACAAAAGUUCAGAAACGUCCGGUUCCGAGGACUCUAAAGUAGGUUGGAAGCUUCAGCAGGCCUCCAGAAAUCGAAUUCUUUUCAUUUUCUAAGUAGCUUUUUUUUUCGACUCUUCAACAUUUUUUUUUCAGUUUCAUGACGGCUGCGAUGCUUCAUCCUCUGGAAUUCACUUGUAUCAUCCCUGGUGCCAUUUAUUUCCUCGCCAUUCCUUGUAUGUACAUGCUCCUGCCCAUCUACAGUCUCUGCAAUCUCAACACGGUUCGAAAAUCAGAACCAAUAAAAGAAUGAAAGUUGCGUUUAAGGUCACCUGGGGAACGAGAGAAGAUCCGCGAGCCGAUGAAAAGAACGACUUGGCGAAAAAACAGAAAGACCGGAUCGAUGGGAUCGAGGCUGGCGGGGUAGGUCUUGAGAGGAAAAUUGGAAAUUCCGAGGAGUUUACUGUAAUGCAGAAAGAGAGAUAAAGAAGCUCGAUGAUACUGUGUUUCGGUAGAGCCACUUCAAUAUGGCAAAAUUAAUUUUUCCGAGCAGUUUUAUGGACCACUUAAGAGUGCUGACGCCGCUAAAGUUGCUAUUAAAAAUUCUCAGAAACGUCCGGGGCGCGUUGCCAAGGUCCGAGAUAGGGAAGUAGAAUUACUGUAGUGCGAUGGAGCUACUUUAACGGACACGUUGAUCGAUUUUUAUUUUUUCAAACAAGUUGGACCAAUAGUUUGAGCGUACAAAAAAAUCUAACAAAAUUGAACUUGAUCCACCUCGGCGUUUGAAAAUUGAGCUUCUUGAUUUGUUUUAAUGAUAUCUAUUUUUUUUACAGAUCACUAAAGACGAUGGUUUUGCUGAUGGAUGUAGUCGACUGCUCUGCUGCCUGCCGAAUAAUCGGGUGGACCCUAUGGUUGGCCCUGAAAAAAUUCAGUUAUUAUCAAAUGUUUUGAGACGGUCGUGAUAAACGAGAAGCUGAACGAUAUCACGAAAAAGCUGGAGCGGCUGGAAAGAAAGCAACAGCCCGUCUUAGGAAGAAGGUAGCUUAGAAAAAAAGAUGAAUUUGGGGCUCAACAAUUGAAAAAGAUGUCAGUUGACUUGUAUUCCAUGAUUCAAAGACUAAAAAGGAAAAUUUUCGAAGUCUCUGAGUUUUUUUUUAAUAAUUUGCAUCGUUUUAAUGGAGUUUCAAAAAUUUAACGUUUAUUCUGGCUUUGAAUUUGAAUUCAGAGCUUUUGAAGAAAAUUAUGAAUUCUCAUCGGUUCAAAAAGAAUCUUUGUUAAUCAAUUUUCGAAAAAAACCAAUCCAAUCGUAAAAAAAAGUCCUGAGAAGAUUAAAAGAGAGACAUUGCGUGGUUGGUGGAGAGCGCAGACAGACCACGCCUCUUUGCGUCCCAAGCUAGCCGUGAAUCGGCUAUAUCUUCUGAAACCGAUCUCAAUCCACUCAAUUAUUAAAAAAUUUUCAGAGCGUCGAUUCUGUCCAGCACUGGAGGUACGGUCCAGGCGGACAAGUGCUCAGAAGCCGAUGAAGAUGAACAGGUAAAUUGAGAGUUUCCGUGAUCCCUUUUGGAUAAAUAUGAUCAUUUUUCUGCUGGGAAGCCUCUAGACAAAGAAAUUUGGAGGAACAACGAAAAUUUGACGUUGGUGAUGAGAUUUUUGGAUUCAUACUUCUUCCAAAACUAAUGAGAAACGCCAAUAUAUCAAGAGCAAUAAUUUUUAUUCAACUCCAGGCUGAACUGGAAGACGCCCUGGAGAUGUCCAACCAGUCGCACGCCGCCAAAAAGAACCAAAAAUGGAAGCAGACACAGAGCGAGGCCUGGCUCAGCGACAAGUAUCUUCAGAGGUUUCGAUGAAUUUCAGAACUAAUUCUGAUUUUUGCUCUCAGAGCUGAGCGGGAGUUCAUCGAGCCCGAGGAGGAGAACUUCUGGAAUGACGUCAUCGACAAGUACCUGUUCCCUCUUUCGAUGGACAGCAAGGAGAUGGAGCGGAUCAGGGCCGGACUUUUGGAACUUCGCAAUCGAGUAAAAAUUCUUGCUUUCGUCAAGCUGGUCGCAUUUAGAAUGGCUCAAACUUGAAUUUUUUUCUUUGCGGAUUUAAAUUAACAGUUUUUCAAAUGAUUGAGAAUUUUGAGUCUCAAUUUAAAAAUCUAUUUUUCACAGUGGGUUUUUCCGAAACUCUGCCUGAACUUUUUAAAAAAUGAUCCAUAUUUCAUCAAUUCUAGGUAACUGCCGGCUUCUUCAUGCUCAACAUCGUCUUCAUCAUCGUCGUCCUCGUCCUCCAGCUCCAAAAAGACUGUCUCCACAUCGAAUGGCCUCUUGGACCCAAGUUUAACCACACGGUUCGGCUCUGCAACGGCGAUUCCAAGGAGGUGUGAGAAGGGGUUCGAACUCAGUGAAAAUAAGUUUCUCAGGAAGUCUGGAAGAUGACGCGACUGCAGCUAGAGCCGAUCGGACUCGUCUUCCUCCUCUUCUUCAUGAGCAUCCUCGUGAUCCAGUUCCUGGCGAUGCUCUGCCAUCGAUUCGGCACCCUGGCGCACAUCAUCGCCUCGACGGAGCUCUUCUGCUUCCGCAAGACCAUCGACAAGCUCAGCGAAGACGAGCUCGUUGUCCAGAACGCCGUCGAAAUCGCCCGGGAACUGCAGGCAAUCCGCGGCGUCGAUGAGCACAACCAGGAGACUGAGGUAUGUCAUUUCAUGGAGUCUACGUCUAAAUCUUCGAGCGUGAGUCUGAAAAAUCACAAGAGCCUUCGAGAAUAAGGGAGUAGAGCGUUCAAAACUCGUUAUCUCUCUUCAUGGAGCCGAAAAUUAAAGUUUGAUUCAGCCUGGCGAAGACCGUGGGAUCUCACGUCGACGCGUCGUUCAGAACCUCGAGUCGUCACGGAGGUCGAUGAUGAAGCGGAAGACGGAGACACUCGACGCCGCCUUCAAAAAGAGGUCACUUUAGAGGCUAUUUUAGUGGUCGAUUGAAGAUUUUCGCUUCUGUUGGAUACUUCAUUUAAUUACCGCUGGAAGUUCGACUUUGAUUCGUCCCGUUCAGCUCCUAAUUGAUGAAAUACCUCUAUAGUUAUCAAUCAGCCCAUAAAGGAGUUUUUUUUUCCGAUCUCGAAAGUGACCACUUUAGUUCUCUAGGAGGCUAGGUGACGCCAUAAGGGCUUUUCUGAAAGUUUUUAUCAUUUUUUCAGCAUUGACACCGAGUGUUAUUCUUUCUUAAGGGAUUACUUCACAUCAACGAAAAAAAAACUGCUUAAGUGACUUCUCAAACAAUUUUUUGUUCCAGGUUCUUUGCGCUGUCGAGUGAGGGACAGCUGGAGCCGGGCUUUUCGUCGCGCGACAACACCAAACGGCUCACCCUCCGGAAAGGCACGAUCCGAGCGCUGGAGCAUCGGAGAGACUCCUUAUUCGGCACCUUGGACAAUCGGAAGGUUAGUUCUGGGUUUUUUUAACGACUUGACUCCUGCGGCUACUCUAUGAUCGACACCACCAUCCAGGGCCAAGACGACGUCGACGGCGCCGGCGCCAGCGUCCGCGGUCCGGCACAGCGACGGCUCGAGCGGCUCUUUACGGCGCAGCAGGAGCAAAGUCCAGGCGAAGGCCGUCGUCGGUCCGGCAAUCCAUCCUGGGACAAGCCUGGCGACGUCGAACUCCGACGCUUCUGA